AUGCCCCGGCUACUGAGUUGGGGCUGCUGGCGCGCAGCGCUGGCCAGGGCCCGCCACCCGAUAUUCUCCGCAGGGCAUCGCGGGACCUCGGGUGGGCGCAGCUGCGCGCGGGAUCCCCCAGCCGGAGUGGUCGAGCUUCAGGGCGAGCUGGACAGAUUCGGGGGCGUAUCCGUGAGCUUGGCAGGGCUAAGCUCGCUGGACCGCCUUGACGCCGCCACCUUCCAAAGAGGCUUGCUAGCUGCAAUCCAGCAAUGGCGAUCAGAAGGGAGAAUAGCCGUAUGGCUGCACAUUCCCAUCCUCCAAAGCCGAUUUAUUGCUCCUGCUGCCUCCUUGGGCUUCUCCUUUCACCACGCAGAAUCUGAUUCAUCAACACUUACGCUGUGGCUGGGAGAAGGGCCCAACAGAUUACCAAGAUAUGCCACACAUCAAGUAGGUGUUGCAGGAGCUGUAUUUGAUGAAAAUACUCGGAAAAUAUUGAUUGUACAAGACCGAAAUAAAUUGAAAAAUAUGUGGAAGUUUCCAGGAGGCCUGUCAGAGCCUGGAGAAGAUAUCGGAGAUACAGCAGUUCGAGAAGUUUUUGAAGAGACUGGUAUAAAAUCAGAAUUCAGAUCUCUCUUGAGUAUUCGGCAACAGCACGGCAAUCCAGGAGUUUUUGGGAAGUCGGAUAUGUAUAUCAUCUGCCGCCUAAAGCCUUAUUCAUUCACCAUCAAUUUUUGCCAGCAUGAAUGUCUAAGGUGUGAGUGGAUAGAUCUCUAUGACCUGGUCAAGACUGAAAAUACAACUCCUAUUACCAGCAGAGUUGCUCGGCUGCUUUUGUACGGGUACAAAGAAGGAUUUGACAAGAUUGAUCUGACCAUGGAAGAAUUUCCAGCAGUUUACACAGGGCUGUUCUAUAAACUCUAUCACAAGAAACUGCCAGAGAACUAUAAAACUAUGAUAAAGAAUGUACCAAAUUCAUAUUUGAAUGUUUAAAACAUUUUAAAAUAUGGUGCCAUAUUAUAGGAAGUAGUGAACAUUUUCAGUGAUUAACUAAAUAUCUGACUUUAAUUUUCUCAUAUACAUAGUUUUUAUGAAGAAAAAUUUGCUCAUAAAUGUGUACAUUUUUAAAGCCUCUUUUGAAAUAAAAUAAAU